AUGAGAGAAUAAGGUUUGACCAAUCAAAGGCAUCUAUGCAGAGCGAAAUGCAGGACAUGAAGAAUGCUUUGGAAAAAGCCAGGAUGGACAUGCAAAACCUGGAUGAAAUUAAAACAAGAUUAGCACAGGAAAGAGAACAAUGUAGGAUCAUUGUUGAAGACACAAAUCAACAGAAGCAUGCCUUGGAGAAGAGGGCUACUGAAAUAGAAAAGCAAAAGCAAGACACUGAGACAAACAAAGCCCUUCUCGAAGAAGAAAAAGACGACCUUGAGAAGAAAUGGGUGGACUUGCAGAGAAGAGACGAGGAGCUGCAAUUGCAAAUCACAAGUCAAAGGGAAAAAGAGGACAGUGACCGAAUGGCCAUGGAAGAACAGAGAAGAGCACUGGAAAAAGAAGUUAGUAAGAUCAACCAACAAAAAGAAGAGGCAGAAAAAGAAAGGGAAGACAUACUGAAGAAUUGGAAAGAACUUGACAGUCUCAAAGAGCAAAUACUAAAAGAGGAGGACGAAAUGGAGGAAAUCAAAAACAAGAUGUUAACAGACAAACUGCUACUUGACCAAAGGGAGACAGAAAUGAAUGAACAAAAGCAAAUCAUGGAUGACAAUUGGAAAGAAAUAAUGAGAAACAGAAGAGAUCUGGAUAAGAUGAAAGUAGAAUUUGAAUUGCAGACAGAAGAAAUGGAAAACACGGUGAGAGAGAAGAUGAAGCAAGAGAGAGAGGAACUUGAUCAGCUGAUGACAGAAAUAAGCACGCAGAAGCAAGAUGUUGAAGAGCAAAAGUCUAAAAACAACAAUUUGAAAAAUGAGCUAGAAGAAAUGAAGGUGAAACUGAAUGCGGAACAAGAAGUUAUCACUCUUGAAAAGCAAGAGAUACAGAAUGAGAGAAUAAGGUUUGACCAAUCAAAGGCAUCUAUGCAGAGCGAAAUGCAGGACAUGAAGAAUGCUUUGGAAAAAGCCAGGAUGGACAUGCAAAACCUGGAUGAAAUUAAAACAAGAUUAGCACAGGAAAGAGAACAAUGUAGGAUCAUUGUUGAAGACACAAAUCAACAGAAGCAUGCCUUGGAGAAGAGGGCUACUGAAAUAGAAAAGCAAAAGCAAGACACUGAGACAAACAAAGCCCUUCUCGAAGAAGAAAAAGACGAUCUUGAGAAGAAAUGGGUGGACUUGCAGAGAAGAGAUGAAGAGCUGCAGUUGCAAAUCACAAGUCAAAGGGAAAAAGAGGACAGUGACCGAAUGGCCAUGGAAGAACAGAGAAGAGCACUGGAAAAAGAAGUUAGUAAGAUCAACCAACAAAAAGAAGAGGCAGAAAAAGAAAGGGAAGACAUACUGAAGAAUUGGAAAGAACUUGACAGUCUCAAAGAGCAAAUACUAAAAGAGAUGGAUGAAAUGGAGGAAAUGAAAAACAAGAUGUUAACAGACAAACUGCUACUUGACAAAAGGGAGACAGAAAUGAAUGAACAAAAGCAAAUCAUGGACGACAAUUGGAAAGAAAUAAUGAGAAACAGAAGAGAUCUGGAUAAGAUGAAAGUAGAAUUUGAAUUGCAGACACAAGAAAUGGAAAACAUGGUGAGAGAGAAGAUGAAGCAAGAGAGAGAGGAACUUGAUCAGCUGAUGACAGAAAUAAGCAUGCAGAAGCAAGAUGUUGAAGAGCAAAAGUCUAAAAACAAGAAUUUGAAAAAUGAGCUAGAAGAAAUGAAGGUGAAACUGAAUGCGGAACAAGAAGUUAUCACUCUUGAAAAGCAAGACAUACAGAAUGAGAGAAUAAGGUUUGACCAAUCAAAGGCAUCUAUGCAGAGCGAAAUGCAGGACAUGAAGAAUGCUUUGGAAAAAGCCAGGAUGGACAUGCAAAACCUGGAUGAAAUUAAAACAAGAUUAGCACAGGAAAGAGAACAAUGUAGGAUCAUUGUUGGAGACACAAAUCAACAGAAGCAUGCCUUGGAGAAGAGGGCUACUGAAAUAGAAAAGCAAAAGCAAGACACUGAGACAAACAAAGCCCUUCUCGAAGAAGAAAAAGACGAUCUUGAGAAGAAAUGGGUGGACUUGCAGAGAAGAGAUGAGGAGCUGCAGUUGCAAAUCACAAGUCAAAGGGAAAAAGAGGACAGUGACCGAAUGGCCAUGGAAGAACAGAGAAGAGCACUGGAAAAAGAAAUUAGUAAGAUCAACCAACAAAAAGAAGAGGCAGAAAAAGAAAGGGAAGACAUACUGAAGAAUUGGAAAGAACUUGACAGUCUCAAAGAGCAAAUACUAAAAGAGAAGGACGAAAUGGAGGAAAUCAAAAACAAGAUGUUAACAGACAAACUGCUACUUGACAAAAGGGAGACAGAAAUGAAUGAACAAAAGCAAAUCAUGGACGACAAUUGGAAAGAAAUAAUGAUAAACAGAGGAGAUCUGGAUAAGAGGAAAGUAGAAUUUGAAUUGCAGACACAAGAAAUGGAAAACACGGUGAGAGAGAAGAUGAAGCAAGAGAGAGAGGAACUUGAUCAGCUGAUGACAGAAAUAAGCACGCAGAAGCAAGAUGUUGAAGAGCAAAAGUCUAAAAACAAGAAUUUGAAAAAUGAGCUAGAAGAAAUGAAGGUGAAACUGAAUGCGGAACAAGAAGUUAUCACUCUUGAAAAGCAAGAGAUACAGAAUGAGAGAAUAAGGUUUGACCAAUCAAAGGCAUCUAUGCAGAGCGAAAUGCAGGACAUGAAGAAUGCUUUGGAAAAAGCCAGGAUGGACAUGCAAAACCUGGAUGAAAUUAAAACAAGAUUAGCACAGGAAAGAGAACAAUGUAGGAUCAUUGUUGAAGACACAAAUCAACAGAAGCAUGCCUUGGAGAAGAGGGCUACUGAAAUAGAAAAGCAAAAGCAAGACACUGAGACAAACAAAGCCCUUCUCGAAGAAGAAAAAGACGACCUUGAGAAGAAAUGGGUGGACUUGCAGAGAAGAGACGAGGAGCUGCAAUUGCAAAUCACAAGUCAAAGGGAAAAAGAGGACAGUGACCGAAUGGCCAUGGAAGAACAGAGAAGAGCACUGGAAAAAGAAGUUAGUAAGAUCAACCAACAAAAAGAAGAGGCAGAAAAAGAAAGGGAAGACAUACUGAAGAAUUGGAAAGAACUUGACAGUCUCAAAGAGCAAAUACUAAAAGAGGAGGACGAAAUGGAGGAAAUCAAAAACAAGAUGUUAACAGACAAACUGCUACUUGACCAAAGGGAGACAGAAAUGAAUGAACAAAAGCAAAUCAUGGAUGACAAUUGGAAAGAAAUAAUGAGAAACAGAAGAGAUCUGGAUAAGAUGAAAGUAGAAUUUGAAUUGCAGACAGAAGAAAUGGAAAACACGGUGAGAGAGAAGAUGAAGCAAGAGAGAGAGGAACUUGAUCAGCUGAUGACAGAAAUAAGCACGCAGAAGCAAGAUGUUGAAGAGCAAAAGUCUAAAAACAACAAUUUGAAAAAUGAGCUAGAAGAAAUGAAGGUGAAACUGAAUGCGGAACAAGAAGUUAUCACUCUUGAAAAGCAAGAGAUACAGAAUGAGAGAAUAAGGUUUGACCAAUCAAAGGCAUCUAUGCAGAGCGAAAUGCAGGACAUGAAGAAUGCUUUGGAAAAAGCCAGGAUGGACAUGCAAAACCUGGAUGAAAUUAAAACAAGAUUAGCACAGGAAAGAGAACAAUGUAGGAUCAUUGUUGAAGACACAAAUCAACAGAAGCAUGCCUUGGAGAAGAGGGCUACUGAAAUAGAAAAGCAAAAGCAAGACACUGAGACAAACAAAGCCCUUCUCGAAGAAGAAAAAGACGAUCUUGAGAAGAAAUGGGUGGACUUGCAGAGAAGAGAUGAAGAGCUGCAGUUGCAAAUCACAAGUCAAAGGGAAAAAGAGGACAGUGACCGAAUGGCCAUGGAAGAACAGAGAAGAGCACUGGAAAAAGAAGUUAGUAAGAUCAACCAACAAAAAGAAGAGGCAGAAAAAGAAAGGGAAGACAUACUGAAGAAUUGGAAAGAACUUGACAGUCUCAAAGAGCAAAUACUAAAAGAGAUGGAUGAAAUGGAGGAAAUCAAAAACAAGAUGUUAACAGACAAACUGCUACUUGACAAAAGGGAGACAGAAAUGAAUGAACAAAAGCAAAUCAUGGACGACAAUUGGAAAGAAAUAAUGAGAAACAGAAGAGAUCUGGAUAAGAUGAAAGUAGAAUUUGAAUUGCAGACACAAGAAAUGGAAAACAUGGUGAGAGAGAAGAUGAAGCAAGAGAGAGAGGAACUUGAUCAGCUGAUGACAGAAAUAAGCAUGCAGAAGCAAGAUGUUGAAGAGCAAAAGUCUAAAAACAAGAAUUUGAAAAAUGAGCUAGAAGAAAUGAAGGUGAAACUGAAUGCGGAACAAGAAGUUAUCACUCUUGAAAAGCAAGACAUACAGAAUGAGAGAAUAAGGUUUGACCAAUCAAAGGCAUCUAUGCAGAGCGAAAUGCAGGACAUGAAGAAUGCUUUGGAAAAAGCCAGGAUGGACAUGCAAAACCUGGAUGAAAUUAAAACAAGAUUAGCACAGGAAAGAGAACAAUGUAGGAUCAUUGUUGGAGACACAAAUCAACAGAAGCAUGCCUUGGAGAAGAGGGCUACUGAAAUAGAAAAGCAAAAGCAAGACACUGAGACAAACAAAGCCCUUCUCGAAGAAGAAAAAGACGAUCUUGAGAAGAAAUGGGUGGACUUGCAGAGAAGAGAUGAGGAGCUGCAGUUGCAAAUCACAAGUCAAAGGGAAAAAGAGGACAGUGACCGAAUGGCCAUGGAAGAACAGAGAAGAGCACUGGAAAAAGAAAUUAGUAAGAUCAACCAACAAAAAGAAGAGGCAGAAAAAGAAAGGGAAGACAUACUGAAGAAUUGGAAAGAACUUGACAGUCUCAAAGAGCAAAUACUAAAAGAGAAGGACGAAAUGGAGGAAAUCAAAAACAAGAUGUUAACAGACAAACUGCUACUUGACAAAAGGGAGACAGAAAUGAAUGAACAAAAGCAAAUCAUGGACGACAAUUGGAAAGAAAUAAUGAUAAACAGAGGAGAUCUGGAUAAGAGGAAAGUAGAAUUUGAAUUGCAGACACAAGAAAUGGAAAACACGGUGAGAGAGAAGAUGAAGCAAGAGAGAGAGGAACUUGAUCAGCUGAUGACAGAAAUAAGCACGCAGAAGCAAGAUGUUGAAGAGCAAAAGUCUAAAAACAAGAAUUUGAAAAAUGAGCUAGAAGAAAUGAAGGUGAAACUGAAUGCGGAACAAGAAGUUAUCACUCUUGAAAAGCAAGAGAUACAGAAUGAGAGAAUAAGGUUUGACCAAUCAAAGGCAUCUAUGCAGAGCGAAAUGCAGGACAUGAAGAAUGCUUUGGAAAAAGCCAGGAUGGACAUGCAAAACCUGGAUGAAAUUAAAACAAGAUUAGCACAGGAAAGAGAACAAUGUAGGAUCAUCGUUGAAGACACAAAUCAACAGAAGCAUGCCUUGGAGAAGAGGGCUACUGAAAUAGAAAAGCAAAAGCAAGACACUGAGACAAACAAAGCCCUUCUCGAAGAAGAAAAAGACGAUCUUGAGAAGAAAUGGGUGGACUUGCAGAGAAGAGAUGAGGAGCUGCAAUUGCAAAUCACAAGUCAAAGGGAAAAAGAGGACAGUGACCGAAUGGCCAUGGAAGAACAGAGAAGAGCACUGGAAAAAGAAGUUAGUAAGAUCAACCAACAAAAAGAAGAGGCAGAAAAAGAAAGGGAAGACAUACUGAAGAAUUGGAAAGAACUUGACAGUCUCAAAGAGCAAAUACUAAAAGAGAAGGACGAAAUGGAGGAAAUCAAAAACAAGAUGUUAACAGACAAACUGCUACUUGACAAAAGGGAGACAGAAAUGAAUGAACAAAAGCAAAUCAUGGACGACAAUUGGAAAGAAAUAAUGAGAAACAGAAGAGAUCUGGAUAAGAUGAAAGUAGAAUUUGAAUUGCAGACACAAGAAAUGGAAAACACGGUGAGAGAGAAGAUGAAGCAAGAGAGAGAGGAACUUGAUCAGCUGAUGACAGAAAUAAGCACGCAGAAGCAAGAUGUUGAAGAGCAAAAGUCUAAAAACAAGAAUUUGAAAAAUGAGCUAGAAGAAAUGAAGGUGAAACUGAAUGCGGAACAAGAAGUUAUCACUCUUGAAAAGCAAGAGAUACAGAAUGAGAGAAUAAGGUUUGACCAAUCAAAGGCAUCUAUGCAGAGCGAAAUGCAGGACAUGAAGAAUGCUUUGGAAAAAGCCAGGAUGGACAUGCAAAACCUGGAUGAAAUUAAAACAAGAUUAGCACAGGAAAGAGAACAAUGUAGGAUCAUUGUUGAAGACACAAAUCAACAGAAGCAUGCCUUGGAGAAGAGGGCUACUGAAAUAGAAAAGCAAAAGCAAGACACUGAGACAAACAAAGCCCUUCUCGAAGAAGAAAAAGACGACCUUGAGAAGAAAUGGGUGGACUUGCAGAGAAGAGACGAGGAGCUGCAAUUGCAAAUCACAAGUCAAAGGAAAAAAGAGGACAGUGACCGAAUGGCCAUGGAAGAACAGAGAAGAGCACUGGAAAAAGAAGUUAGUAAGAUCAACCAACAAAAAGAAGAGGCAGAAAAAGAAAGGGAAGACAUACUGAAGAAUUGGAAAGAACUUGACAGUCUCAAAGAGCAAAUACUAAAAGAGAAGGACGAAAUGGAGGAAAUCAAAAACAAGAUGUUAACAGACAAACUGCUACUUGACAAAAGGGAGACAGAAAUGAAUGAACAAAAGCAAAUCAUGGACGACAAUUGGAAAGAAAUAAUGAGAAACAGAAGAGAUCUGGAUAAGAUGAAAGUAGAAUUUGAAUUGCAGACACAAGAAAUGGAAAACACGGUGAGAGAGAAGAUGAAGCAAGAGAGAGAGGAACUUGAUCAGCUGAUGACAGAAAUAAGCACGCAGAAGCAAGAUGUUGAAGAGCAAAAGUCUAAAAACAAGAAUUUGAAAAAUGAGCUAGAAGAAAUGAAGGUGAAACUGAAUGCGGAACAAGAAGUUAUCACUCUUGAAAAGCAAGAGAUACAGAAUGAGAGAAUAAGGUUUGACCAAUCAAAGGCAUCUAUGCAGAGCGAAAUGCAGGACAUGAAGAAUGCUUUGGAAAAAGCCAGGAUGGACAUGCAAAACCUGGAUGAAAUUAAAACAAGAUUAGCACAGGAAAGAGAACAAUGUAGGAUCAUUGUUGAAGACACAAAUCAACAGAAGCAUGCCUUGGAGAAGAGGGCUACUGAAAUAGAAAAGCAAAAGCAAGACACUGAGACAAACAAAGCCCUUCUCGAAGAAGAAAAAGACGAUCUUGAGAAGAAAUGGGUGGACUUGCAGAGAAGAGAUGAGGAGCUACAGUUGCAAAUCACAAGUCAAAGGGAAAAAGAGGACAGUGACCGAAUGUCCAUGGAAGAACAGAGAAGAGCACUGGAAAAAGAAGUUAGUAACAUCAACCAACAAAAAGAAGAGGCAGAAAAAGAAAGGGAAGACAUACUGAAGAAUUGGAAAGAACUUGACAGUCUCAAAGAGCAAAUACUAAAAGAGAAGGACGAAAUGGAGGAAAUCAAAAACAAGAUGUUAACAGACAAACUGCUACUUGACAAAAGGGAGACAGAAAUGAAUGAACAAAAGCAAAUCAUGGACGACAAUUGGAAAGAAAUAAUGAGAAACAGAAGAGAUCUGGAUAAGAUGAAAGUAGAAUUUGAAUUGCAGACACAAGAAAUGGAAAACACGGUGAGAGAGAAGAUGAAGCAAGAGAGAGAGGAACUUGAUCAGCUGAUGACAGAAAUAAGCACGCAGAAGCAAGAUGUUGAAGAGCAAAAGUCUAAAAACAAGAAUUUGAAAAAUGAGCUAGAAGAAAUGAAGGUGAAACUGAAUGCGGAACAAGAAGUUAUCACUCUUGAAAAGCAAGAGAUACAGAAUGAGAGAAUAAGGUUUGACCAAUCAAAGGCAUCUAUGCAGAGCGAAAUGCAGGACAUGAAGAAUGCUUUGGAAAAAGCCAGGAUGGACAUGCAAAACCUGGAUGAAAUUAAAACAAGAUUAGCACAGGAAAGAGAACAAUGUAGGAUCAUUGUUGAAGACACAAAUCAACAGAAGCAUGCCUUGGAGAAGAGGGCUACUGAAAUAGAAAAGCAAAAGCAAGACACUGAGACAAACAAAGCCCUUCUCGAAGAAGAAAAAGACGACCUUGAGAAGAAAUGGGUGGACUUGCAGAGAAGAGACGAGGAGCUGCAAUUGCAAAUCACAAGUCAAAGGGAAAAAGAGGACAGUGACCGAAUGGCCAUGGAAGAACAGAGAAGAGCACUGGAAAAAGAAAUUAGUAAGAUCAACCAACAAAAAGAAGAGGCAGAAAAAGAAAGGGAAGACAUACUGAAGAAUUGGAAAGAACUUGACAGUCUCAAAGAGCAAAUACUAAAAGAGAUGGAUGAAAUGGAGGAAAUCAAAAACAAGAUGUUAACAGACAAACUGCUACUUGACAAAAGGGAGACAGAAAUGAAUGAACAAAAGCAAAUCAUGGACGACAAUUGGAAAGAAAUAAUGAGAAACAGAAGAGAUCUGGAUAAGAGGAAAGUAGAAUUUGAAUUGCAGAUAGAAGAAAUGGAAAACACGGUGAGAGAGAAGAUGAAGCAAGAGAGAGAGGAACUUGAUCAGCUGAUGACAGAAAUAAGCACGCAGAAGCAAGAUGUUGAAGAGCAAAAGUCUAAAAACAAGAAUUUGAAAAAUGAGCUAGAAGAAAUGAAGGUGAAACUGAAUGCGGAACAAGAAGUUAUCACUCUUGAAAAGCAAGAGAUACAGAAUGAGAGAAUAAGGUUUGACCAAUCAAAGGCAUCUAUGCAGAGCGAAAUGCAGGACAUGAAGAAUGCUUUGGAAAAAGCCAGGAUGGACAUGCAAAACCUGGAUGAAAUUAAAACAAGAUUAGCACAGGAAAGAGAACAAUGUAGGAUCAUUGUUGAAGACACAAAUCAACAGAAGCAUGCCUUGGAGAAGAGGGCUACUGAAAUAGAAAAGCAAAAGCAAGACACUGAGACAAACAAAGCCCUUCUCGAAGAAGAAAAAGACGACCUUGAGAAGAAAUGGGUGGACUUGCAGAGAAGAGACGAGGAGCUGCAAUUGCAAAUCACAAGUCAAAGGAAAAAAGAGGACAGUGACCGAAUGGCCAUGGAAGAACAGAGAAGAGCACUGGAAAAAGAAGUUAGUAAGAUCAACCAACAAAAAGAAGAGGCAGAAAAAGAAAGGGAAGACAUACUGAAGAAUUGGAAAGAACUUGACAGUCUCAAAGAGCAAAUACUAAAAGAGAAGGACGAAAUGGAGGAAAUCAAAAACAAGAUGUUAACAGACAAACUUCUACUUGACAAAAGGGAGACAGAAAUGAAUGAACAAAAGCAAAUCAUGGACGACAAUUGGAAAGAAAUAAUGAGAAACAGAAGAGAUCUGGAUAAGAUGAAAGUAGAAUUUGAAUUGCAGACACAAGAAAUGGAAAACACGGUGAGAGAGAAGAUGAAGCAAGAGAGAGAGGAACUUGAUCAGCUGAUGACAGAAAUAAGCACGCAGAAGCAAGAUGUUGAAGAGCAAAAGUCUAAAAACAAGAAUUUGAAAAAUGAGCUAGAAGAAAUGAAGGUGAAACUGAAUGCGGAACAAGAAGUUAUCACUCUUGAAAAGCAAGAGAUACAGAAUGAGAGAAUAAGGUUUGACCAAUCAAAGGCAUCUAUGCAGAGCGAAAUGCAGGACAUGAAGAAUGCUUUGGAAAAAGCCAGGAUGGACAUGCAAAACCUGGAUGAAAUUAAAACAAGAUUAGCACAGGAAAGAGAACAAUGUAGGAUCAUUGUUGAAGACACAAAUCAACAGAAGCAUGCCUUGGAGAAGAGGGCUACUGAAAUAGAAAAGCAAAAGCAAGACACUGAGACAAACAAAGCCCUUCUCGAAGAAGAAAAAGACGAUCUUGAGAAGAAAUGGGUGGACUUGCAGAGAAGAGACGAGGAGCUGCAAUUGCAAAUCACAAGUCAAAGGGAAAAAGAGGACAGUGACCGAAUGGCCAUGGAAGAACAGAGAAGAGCACUGGAAAAAGAAGUUAGUAAGAUCAACCAACAAAAAGAAGAGGCAGAAAAAGAAAGGGAAGACAUACUGAAGAAUUGGAAAGAACUUGACAGUCUCAAAGAGCAAAUACUAAAAGAGACGGACGAAAUGGAGGAAAUCAAAAACAAGAUGUUAACAGACAAACUGCUACUUGACCAAAGGGAGACAGAAAUGAAUGAACAAAAGCAAAUCAUGGACGACAAUUGGAAAGAAAUAAUGAGAAACAGAAGAGAUCUGGAUAAGAUGAAAGUAGAAUUUGAAUUGCAGACACAAGAAAUGGAAAACACGGUGAGAGAGAAGAUGAAGCAAGAGAGAGAGGAACUUGAUCAGCUGAUGACAGAAAUAAGCACGCAGAAGCAAGAUGUUGAAGAGCAAAAGUCUAAAAACAAGAAUUUGAAAAAUGAGCUAGAAGAAAUGAAGGUGAAACUGAAUGCGGAACAAGAAGUUAUCACUCUUGAAAAGCAAGAGAUACAGAAUGAGAGAAUAAGGUUUGACCAAUCAAAGGCAUCUAUGCAGAGCGAAAUGCAGGACAUGAAGAAUGCUUUGGAAAAAGCCAGGAUGGACAUGCAAAACCUGGAUGAAAUUAAAACAAGAUUAGCACAGGAAAGAGAACAAUGUAGGAUCAUUGUUGAAGACACAAAUCAACAGAAGCAUGCCUUGGAGAAGAGGGCUACUGAAAUAGAAAAGCAAAAGCAAGACACUGAGACAAACAAAGCCCUUCUCGAAGAAGAAAAAGACGAUCUUGAGAAGAAAUGGGUGGACUUGCAGAGAAGAGAUGAGGAGCUGCAAUUGCAAAUCACAAGUCAAAGGGAAAAAGAGGACAGUGACCGAAUGGCCAUGGAAGAACAGAGAAGAGCACUGGAAAAAGAAAUUAGUAAGAUCAACCAACAAAAAGAAGAGGCAGAAAAAGAAAGGGAAGACAUACUGAAGAAUUGGAAAGAACUUGACAGUCUCAAAGAGCAAAUACUAAAAGAGAUGGAUGAAAUGGAGGAAAUCAAAAACAAGAUGUUAACAGACAAACUGCUACUUGACAAAAGGGAGACAGAAAUGAAUGAACAAAAGCAAAUCAUGGACGACAAUUGGAAAGAAAUAAUGAGAAACAGAAGAGAUCUGGAUAAGAGGAAAGUAGAAUUUGAAUUGCAGACACAAGAAAUGGAAAACACGGUGAGAGAGAAGAUGAAGCAAGAGAGAGAGGAACUUGAUCAGCUGAUGACAGAAAUAAGCACGCAGAAGCAAGAUGUUGAAGAGCAAAAGUCUAAAAACAAGAAUUUGAAAAAUGAGCUAGAAGAAAUGAAGGUGAAACUGAAUGCGGAACAAGAAGUUAUCACUCUUGAAAAGCAAGAGAUACAGAAUGAGAGAAUAAGGUUUGACCAAUCAAAGGCAUCUAUGCAGAGCGAAAUGCAGGACAUGAAGAAUGCUUUGGAAAAAGCCAGGAUGGACAUGCAAAACCUGGAUGAAAUUAAAACAAGAUUAGCACAGGAAAGAGAACAAUGUAGGAUCAUUGUUGAAGACACAAAUCAACAGAAGCAUGCCUUGGAGAAGAGGGCUACUGAAAUAGAAAAGCAAAAGCAAGACACUGAGACAAACAAAGCCCUUCUCGAAGAAGAAAAAGACGAUCUUGAGAAGAAAUGGGUGGACUUGCAGAGAAGAGAUGAGGAGCUGCAAUUGCAAAUCACAAGUCAAAGGGAAAAAGAGGACAGUGACCGAAUGGCCAUGGAAGAACAGAGAAGAGCACUGGAAAAAGAAAUUAGUAAGAUCAACCAACAAAAAGAAGAGGCAGAAAAAGAAAGGGAAGACAUACUGAAGAAUUGGAAAGAACUUGACAGUCUCAAAGAGCAAAUACUAAAAGAGAUGGAUGAAAUGGAGGAAAUCAAAAACAAGAUGCUAACAGACAAACUUCUACUUGACAAAAGGGAGACAGAAAUGAAUGAACAAAAGCAAAUCAUGGACGACAAUUGGAAAGAAAUAAUGAGAAACAGAAGAGAUCUGGAUAAGAGGAAAGUAGAAUUUGAAUUGCAGAUAGAAGAAAUGGAAAACACGGUGAGAGAGAAGAUGAAGCAAGAGAGAGAGGAACUUGAUCAGCUGAUGACAGAAAUAAGCACGCAGAAGCAAGAUGUUGAAGAGCAAAAGUCUAAAAACAAGAAUUUGAAAAAUGAGCUAGAAGAAAUGAAGGUGAAACUGAAUGCGGAACAAGAAGUUAUCACUCUUGAAAAGCAAGAGAUACAGAAUGAGAGAAUAAGGUUUGACCAAUCAAAGGCAUCUAUGCAGAGCGAAAUGCAGGACAUGAAGAAUGCUUUGGAAAAAGCCAGGAUGGACAUGCAAAACCUGGAUGAAAUUAAAACAAGAUUAGCACAGGAAAGAGAACAAUGUAGGAUCAUUGUUGAAGACACAAAUCAACAGAAGCAUGCCUUGGAGAAGAGGGCUACUGAAAUAGAAAAGCAAAAGCAAGACACUGAGACAAACAAAGCCCUUCUCGAAGAAGAAAAAGACGAUCUUGAGAAGAAAUGGGUGGACUUGCAGAGAAGAGAUGAGGAGCUGCAAUUGCAAAUCACAAGUCAAAGGGAAAAAGAGGACAGUGACCGAAUGGCCAUGGAAGAACAGAGAAGAGCACUGGAAAAAGAAAUUAGUAAGAUCAACCAACAAAAAGAAGAGGCAGAAAAAGAAAGGGAAGACAUACUGAAGAAUUGGAAAGAACUUGACAGUCUCAAAGAGCAAAUACUAAAAGAGAUGGAUGAAAUGGAGGAAAUCAAAAACAAGAUGCUAACAGACAAACUUCUACUUGACAAAAGGGAGACAGAAAUGAAUGAACAAAAGCAAAUCAUGGACGACAAUUGGAAAGAAAUAAUGAGAAACAGAAGAGAUCUGGAUAAGAGGAAAGUAGAAUUUGAAUUGCAGAUAGAAGAAAUGGAAAACACGGUGAGAGAGAAGAUGAAGCAAGAGAGAGAGGAACUUGAUCAGCUGAUGACAGAAAUAAGCACGCAGAAGCAAGAUGUUGAAGAGCAAAAGUCUAAAAACAAGAAUUUGAAAAAUGAGCUAGAAGAAAUGAAGGUGAAACUGAAUGCGGAACAAGAAGUUAUCACUCUUGAAAAGCAAGAGAUACAGAAUGAGAGAAUAAGGUUUGACCAAUCAAAGGCAUCUAUGCAGAGCGAAAUGCAGGACAUGAAGAAUGCUUUGGAAAAAGCCAGGAUGGACAUGCAAAACCUGGAUGAAAUUAAAACAAGAUUAGCACAGGAAAGAGAACAAUGUAGGAUCAUUGUUGAAGACACAAAUCAACAGAAGCAUGCCUUGGAGAAGAGGGCUACUGAAAUAGAAAAGCAAAAGCAAGACACUGAGACAAACAAAGCCCUUCUCGAAGAAGAAAAAGACGACCUUGAGAAGAAAUGGGUGGACUUGCAGAGAAGAGACGAGGAGCUGCAAUUGCAAAUCACAAGUCAAAGGGAAAAAGAGGACAGUGACCGAAUGGCCAUGGAAGAACAGAGAAGAGCACUGGAAAAAGAAGUUAGUAAGAUCAACCAACAAAAAGAAGAGGCAGAAAAAGAAAGGGAAGACAUACUGAAGAAUUGGAAAGAACUUGACAGUCUCAAAGAGCAAAUACUAAAAGAGAAGGACGAAAUGGAGGAAAUCAAAAACAAGAUGUUAACAGACAAACUGCUACUUGACAAAAGGGAGACAGAAAUGAAUGAACAAAAGCAAAUCAUGGACGACAAUUGGAAAGAAAUAAUGAGAAACAGAAGAGAUCUGGAUAAGAUGAAAGUAGAAUUUGAAUUGCAGACACAAGAAAUGGAAAACACGGUGAGAGAGAAGAUGAAGCAAGAGAGAGAGGAACUUGAUCAGCUGAUGACAGAAAUAAGCACGCAGAAGCAAGAUGUUGAAGAGCAAAAGUCUAAAAACAAGAAUUUGAAAAAUGAGCUAGAAGAAAUGAAGGUGAAACUGAAUGUGGAACAAGAAGUUAUCACUCUUGAAAAGCAAGAGAUACAGAAUGAGAGAAUAAGGUUUGACCAAUCAAAGGCAUCUAUGCAGAGCGAAAUGCAGGACAUGAAGAAUGCUUUGGAAAAAGCCAGGAUGGACAUGCAAAACCUGGAUGAAAUUAAAACAAGGUUAGCACAGGAAAGAGAACAAUGUAGGAUCAUUGUUGAAGACACAAAUCAACAGAAGCAUGCCUUGCAGAAGAGGGCUACUGAAAUAGAAAAGCAAAAGCAAGACACUGAGACAAACAAAGCCCUUCUCGAAGAAGAAAAAGACGAUCUUGAGAAGAAAUGGGUGGACUUGCAGAGAAGAGAUGAGGAGCUGCAAUUGCAAAUCACAAGUCAAAGGGAAAAAGAGGACAGUGACCGAAUGGCCAUGGAAGAACAGAGAAGAGCACUGGAAAAAGAAGUUAGUAAGAUCAACCAACAAAAAGAAGAGGCAGAAAAAGAAAGGGAAGACAUACUGAAGAAUUGGAAAGAACUUGACAGUCUCAAAGAGCAAAUACUAAAAGAGAAGGACGAAAUGGAGGAAAUCAAAAACAAGAUGUUAACAGACAAACUGCUACUUGACAAAAGGGAGACAGAAAUGAAUGAACAAAAGCAAAUCAUGGACGACAAUUGGAAAGAAAUAAUGAGAAACAGAAGAGAUCUGGAUAAGAUGAAAGUAGAAUUUGAAUUGCAGAUAGAAGAAAUGGAAAACACGGUCAGAGAGAAGAUGAAGCAAGAGAGAGAGGAACUUGAUCAGCUGAUGACAGAAAUAAGCACGCAGAAGCAAGAUGUUGAAGAGCAAAAGUCUAAAAACAAGAAUUUGAAAAAUGAGCUAGAAGAAAUGAAGGUGAAACUGAAUGCGGAACAAGAAGUUAUCACUCUUGAAAAGCAAGAGAUACAGAAUGAGAGAAUAAGGUUUGACCAAUCAAAGGCAUCUAUGCAGAGCGAAAUGCAGGACAUGAAGAAUGCUUUGGAAAAAGCCAGGAUGGACAUGCAAAACCUGGAUGAAAUUAAAACAAGAUUAGCACAGGAAAGAGAACAAUGUAGGAUCAUUGUUGAAGACACAAAUCAACAGAAGCAUGCCUUGGAGAAGAGGGCUACUGAAAUAGAAAAGCAAAAGCAAGACACUGAGACAAACAAAGCCCUUCUCGAAGAAGAAAAAGACGACCUUGAGAAGAAAUGGGUGGACUUGCAGAGAAGAGACGAGGAGCUGCAAUUGCAAAUCACAAGUCAAAGGGAAAAAGAGGACAGUGACCGAAUGGCCAUGGAAGAACAGAGAAGAGCACUGGAAAAAGAAGUUAGUAAGAUCAACCAACAAAAAGAAGAGGCAGAAAAAGAAAGGGAAGACAUACUGAAGAAUUGGAAAGAACUUGACAGUCUCAAAGAGCAAAUACUAAAAGAGAAGGACGAAAUGGAGGAAAUCAAAAACAAGAUGUUAACAGACAAACUGCUACUUGACCAAAGGGAGACAGAAAUGAAUGAACAAAAGCAAAUCAUGGACGACAAUUGGAAAGAAAUAAUGAGAAACAGAAGAGAUCUGGAUAAGAGGAAAGUAGAAUUUGAAUUGCAGAUAGAAGAAAUGGAAAACACGGUGAGAGAGAAGAUGAAGCAAGAGAGAGAGGAACUUGAUCAGCUGAUGACAGAAAUAAGCACGCAGAAGCAAGAUGUUGAAGAGCAAAAGUCUAAAAACAAGAAUUUGAAAAAUGAGCUAGAAGAAAUGAAGGUGAAACUGAAUGCGGAACAAGAAGUUAUCACUCUUGAAAAGCAAGAGAUACAGAAUGAGAGAAUAAGGUUUGACCAAUCAAAGGCAUCUAUGCAGAGUGAAAUGCAGGACAUGAAGAAUGCUUUGGAAAAAGCCAGGAUGGACAUGCAAAACCUGGAUGAAAUUAAAACAAGAUUAGCACAGGAAAGAGAACAAUGUAGGAUCAUUGUUGAAGACACAAAUCAACAGAAGCAUGCCUUGGAGAAGAGGGCUACUGAAAUAGAAAAGCAAAAGCAAGACACUGAGACAAACAAAGCCCUUCUCGAAGAAGAAAAAGACGAUCUUGAGAAGAAAUGGGUGGACUUGCAGAGAAGAGAUGAGGAGCUGCAAUUGCAAAUCACAAGUCAAAGGGAAAAAGAGGACAGUGACCGAAUGGCCAUGGAAGAACAGAGAAGAGCACUGGAAAAAGAAAUUAGUAACAUCAACCAACACAAAGAAGAAGCAGAAAAAGAAAGGGAAGACAUACUGAAGAAUUGGAAAGAACUUGACAGUCUCAAAGAGCAAAUACUAAAAGAGAAGGACGAAAUGGAGGAAAUCAAAAACAAGAUGUUAACAGACAAACUGCUACUUGACAAAAGGGAGACAGAAAUGAAUGAACAAAAGCAAAUCAUGGACAACAAUUGGAAAGAAAUAAUGAGAAACAGAAGAGAUCUGGAUAAGAUGAAAGUAGAAUUUGAAUUGCAGAUAGAAGAAAUGGAAAACAUGGUGAGAGAGAAGAUGAAGCAAGAGAGAGAGGAACUUGAUCAGCUGAUGACAGAAAUAAGCACGCAGAAGCAAGAUGUUGAAGAGCAAAAGUCUAAAAACAAGAAUUUGAAAAAUGAGCUAGAAGAAAUGAAGGUGAAACUGAAUGCGGAACAAGAAGUUAUCACUCUUGAAAAGCAAGAGAUACAGAAUGAGAGAAUAAGGUUUGACCAAUCAAAGGCAUCUAUGCAGAGCGAAAUGCAGGACAUGAAGAAUGCUUUGGAAAAAGCCAGGAUGGACAUGCAAAACCUGGAUGAAAUUAAAACAAGAUUAGCACAGGAAAGAGAACAAUGUAGGAUCAUUGUUGAAGACACAAAUCAACAGAAGCAUGCCUUGGAGAAGAGGGCUACUGAAAUAGAAAAGCAAAAGCAAGACACUGAGACAAACAAAGCCCUUCUCGAAGAAGAAAAAGACGACCUUGAGAAGAAAUGGGUGGACUUGCAGAGAAGAGACGAGGAGCUGCAAUUGCAAAUCACAAGUCAAAGGGAAAAAGAGGACAGUGACCGAAUGGCCAUGGAAGAACAGAGAAGAGCACUGGAAAAAGAAGUUAGUAAGAUCAACCAACAAAAAGAAGAGGCAGAAAAAGAAAGGGAAGACAUACUGAAGAAUUGGAAAGAACUUGACAGUCUCAAAGAGCAAAUACUAAAAGAGAAGGACGAAAUGGAGGAAAUCAAAAACAAGAUGUUAACAGACAAACUGCUACUUGACAAAAGGGAGACAGAAAUGAAUGAACAAAAGCAAAUCAUGGACGACAAUUGGAAAGAAAUAAUGAGAAACAGAAGAGAUCUGGAUAAGAUGAAAGUAGAAUUUGAAUUGCAGAUAGAAGAAAUGGAAAACACGGUGAGAGAGAAGAUGAAGCAAGAGAGAGAGGAACUUGAUCAGCUGAUGACAGAAAUAAGCACGCAGAAGCAAGAUGUUGAAGAGCAAAAGUCUAAAAACAAGAAUUUGAAAAAUGAGCUAGAAGAAAUGAAGGUGAAACUGAAUGCGGAACAAGAAGUUAUCACUCUUGAAAAGCAAGAGAUACAGAAUGAGAGAAUAAGGUUUGACCAAUCAAAGGCAUCUAUGCAGAGUGAAAUGCAGGACAUGAAGAAUGCUUUGGAAAAAGCCAGGAUGGACAUGCAAAACCUGGAUGAAAUUAAAACAAGAUUAGCACAGGAAAGAGAACAAUGUAGGAUCAUUGUUGAAGACACAAAUCAACAGAAGCAUGCCUUGGAGAAGAGGGCUACUGAAAUAGAAAAGCAAAAGCAAGACACUGAGACAAACAAAGCCCUUCUCGAAGAAGAAAAAGACGAUCUUGAGAAGAAAUGGGUGGACUUGCAGAGAAGAGAUGAGGAGCUGCAAUUGCAAAUCACAAGUCAAAGGGAAAAAGAGGACAGUGACCGAAUGGCCAUGGAAGAACAGAGAAGAGCACUGGAAAAAGAAAUUAGUAACAUCAACCAACACAAAGAAGAAGCAGAAAAAGAAAGGGAAGACAUACUGAAGAAUUGGAAAGAACUUGACAAUCUCAAAGAGCAAAUACUAAAAGAGAAGGACGAAAUGGAGGAAAUCAAAAACAAGAUGUUAACAGACAAACUGCUACUUGACAAAAGGGAGACAGAAAUGAAUGAACAAAAGCAAAUCAUGGACAACAAUUGGAAAGAAAUAAUGAGAAACAGAAGAGAUCUGGAUAAGAUGAAAGUAGAAUUUGAAUUGCAGAUAGAAGAAAUGGAAAACAUGGUGAGAGAGAAGAUGAAGCAAGAGAGAGAGGAACUUGAUCAGCUGAUGACAGAAAUAAGCACGCAGAAGCAAGAUGUUGAAGAGCAAAAGUCUAAAAACAAGAAUUUGAAAAAUGAGCUAGAAGAAAUGAAGGUGAAACUGAAUGCGGAACAAGAAGUUAUCACUCUUGAAAAGCAAGAGAUACAGAAUGAGAGAAUAAGGUUUGACCAAUCAAAGGCAUCUAUGCAGAGCGAAAUGCAGGACAUGAAGAAUGCUUUGGAAAAAGCCAUGAAUAAAGUACACAAUCAGACACAGACAAGUGAAAAUGGCAUACUACUAACAGACAAAGUACUAGCAGCUUCAACAAAAGAAAAAGUUGAACCUGCUUUUGCAAAAGAACUUGAGAGAAAUGAAACUGAUAUCCUUGUAGAAACGCUCAAAAUGGAGAGAGAGAAAAUUGAAAUGACAAAGGCUAUACUGCAGAGCAAUCAGACAGAGAUAGAGCGAGAGAGAACUGAACUACAGCAAUUUAAAGUAGCAGUAGAAAGGCAACAGGAAGAGAUAUACACACAGAAACAAAAUAUUGAUAAUGAGAAGACAGAAUUAGAAGUAUUGAAGAAGAAAAUGAAAAGUAUGCAGGAGGAGGCACUGAAAACACAGGAGAAGGCAGAGGAAAUGAAACUGCUUAUUCAAACACAGCAGGUUAAACUGGAAAUCAUCUCAGAUGAGAUUAAGCAGAAAAGACAUGAACUGGAUAUGAUAACCAUGGAGAUACAAGGAGAAAAAAGUAAGAGAGAUGAGACAAAAAACUAUGAUGUGGAUCAAUUCAAUAUUACACAAGAAAAAGAUGGAACUUUACAGCAUGCAGUGCUUGAGGAAGAGCAAUCUGUAGAUGAAGAGGCUGAAUUGAGAAUGAAAAAGGCAGAGGAAAACAUAGCUGGAGCAAGACAUGAUAAUCACGAAAUAAAAAAAUUAAUGGAAUCAUUAAGAAUAGAGAAAGACAAAGUGGAGCAGAUUAAGGCUGAACUUUCAGAAAAACAAAAAGAAAUUGAAAACAUACAAGCCCUGACACAGAAACAAAGGGAUGAGUUUGAACUGGCAAAAUGUGAAGCACAACAACAAAUACAGCAUAUGGAGAAUAUUUUAGAAGACUCUAAGAAAGACAAUAACAGGACAAAAGACAUGAUAAAUCAACUUCAAGCUGAAAAGAUAAUCACAGAGGUCCAUCUUGAAGAAGCCAAAAGAAUGACCCAGAACCUGGAACUAAUGAAUGACAAUUUGAAGACACAGAAACAAGAACUAGAGUACAACAAUCAGUUGUUUGAAAGGCAGAAAAAAGAAUUGGAAAUAAAACUACAAGACUUGCGGAAGGAAGCUGAUGAAAUGGGUGUUCAGUUGAAAAAGCACGAAGAAAAGGACAAGACAGAGAGACUGGGAAAACAAAAAAAGGAAGAUACUCUGGAAGAGCUAAAGAAUGAAUUAAUGAGACAGAGUGAGGAAAUUGCUAAAGAAAAUAGAAAUUUGAGUGUGGGGAAAAGUAAACUUGAUCAGGAGAGGAACGAAUUACAUAAAGAAAAGCAAUAUAUUGAUGACAUGUUGAAGGCUUCAAGAAGGGAGUUGGAAGAGGCACGUGAUGAAAUUGAAACACAGCGACACCAAAUAGAUGAACACAUCAGAGCAACUAUUAAAGAUGAGAGAGAUGAGCUUGAAAAUCUGAGGACUCACUUAUUGAAAGAGAAGAAUGAUAUUGAACAUACAAAGAAAAAUAUGGCCAUAGAGAUGGAGCACAUUGGCACAAUUCGGAUGCAGAUGGACAGUGAAAAAGGAGAAAUAGAAAUUGAAAAACAGCAGAUAAAGAUCAAGGAGGAUGACCUUAAACAGGUUGAGUCUGCACUACAAAGAAAGAUAAACGAUGUAGAGAAACUCAUGGAAAAAACUAAUAAAGAGAGGGAGAUGCUAGAAAUAGUCAUCAUGGAACAGCAAAAAGAAAAGGAGAGGAUGAAGGUUAUCACUGAAGACAAUAGUAAAAAACAAAAAUACCUUGAAGAUGAAUUAGAAAGGCAACAACAAAACCUAAAGAAUGCAAUGGAUGAUCUUACAACAGAGAAAAAUGAAACGGCUCAAAUGAAAGUGCAAAUACAAAGGCAAAGAGAUGACCUAGAUAAUAUCCUAAAAAAACAGCAACAAGAAUUUGAGAUCAGGGAGGAUAACAUUCAAAGGGAAAAGGCAUCUUUAGAGAAGAUGAAAGCUGACUUGGCAAGGCUGGCCAAGGAAAUGAAUGCUGAGAAAGAUGAGAUGAGAAUGAAGAGGGACAAACUUGAAUGUUGGGAGGCAGAACUACUGAAGCAGAGAGUCGAGUCUGAGACAAUGAAGAACACUCUUGAAACUGAAAAAGUUCAGCUUGAGAGAGCACGAGCUGACAUACAACAGUGUCAAUACGAGAUGGAAAACAUUUUGGGAGCCACCAAGAAAGAGAGGUACGCAAUUGAGCAGUUGAAACAUGAAACUGAAAUGAGAAGCCUUGAAAUUGAGCACAUGCUGCAUGAGAACCAGACGACAGGAAAGGGUGAAUGGGAUACAUUAGAAAGUGAGUUACAACAAGAGAAAGACAGGGAGGUUCUUGAGCAGCUGAAGGCUGACACAGCAAUACAGAGAGGAACUAUGGAAAAUGAAAAGAGCAAAAUCAGACUAGGAGCAACUGAAUGGAGAAAAAAGGAACUAGAGUUAACAGACCUUCAGGAACAGGGGGAUGGCCUGGUAGACCUGGGAAGCAUGGACAUUAAGGAGAAGAACGAGCUUGAAACGAGAGAGACUGAACUAAGCCAGUGGCCACAAGAUUUUGAAGACCUUUUAGAAGCCAUUCUAGGGGAGAGUUAUGAGAUGGAAAGAAACAUAUCUGAAGUUGAUGGAGGGAGAACUACAUUCAAUCAAAAUGAGAAUGAGGGCAAGGAGAAAACUAAAGAACUGAAGAUAAAGAAAAGUCAUACAGAAAGUGACAGAACUGAUUUAGAGGGGACAGAUCAUAUUCUAAUAACAAUCAAAACAGACGCUCAAACUCAAACCUAUAUGGAGGACAUGGAGGAAAUGUUUGGCAGAGGAGCUGUGCAAGUAGAGCAAGACAUUUGUCAAGAAAUUGUCAGUAAACUACAAAGUGAAAAGAUAGGAAUGAAAAGUAAUGGUAUGGAGCAGAUUACGUUAGAAAGCCAGAGGCUGAGAGAUGAAGCAGACUGGUUAACACAAAUUUGUCAAAGCAGAAGACAAGAAUUGCAGCAAAUAGAAGAGGUUAUACAAAAACAAAGUGAGAAAAUGAGAAGAAAUGAGAAGAUACAAGAGAUCAAUGUCAGACAAACAUACAAAGAGAAGGCACAAGACAAAUGCACACAGUGUAAACUGGAAAAACAAAUGAAAGACACAGAAACCAUGACAGAGCUUAAUACUGAUGCCAAAGUCAUUGAGAAAAAGACAGCUCUCACUCAGAGGGAUGCUCUGAGUGACAAAGACGUAAUUAAAGAAAUAGGUAGUACAAUAGAGAACAUGGAGAAAGAACUAGAGAAAAGAGUACAAGAAAUUCAGACAAAUGAAAUAAAGAGAGUUGGGCUACAGAAAGAGAAAAUCGAGCUGGAACUGAUGAAUGCUGUGCUUCAUCAUGAAAGAGAGACAGAGAGGCAGAAAGUCAUGGAGAAGGAAAAACAAAUCAUUCUAUUAAAGGAGUGUAUACUGAUAGAGAUUAGCCAACUAAAGAGCAAGAGAAAAGAUACAAACACCAAAUACCUACAAAAGAUGGAGCAGCUCAUCACUGAAACAGCCACAAUUAAGGACAGAAUCAGGCAUGUGACAGACAAAGCUGUACAAACAGUGAUGGAGGAGAGACAAGAGGGGCAGACAAGAGAAGAGGAGGUGUGGGGUUAUCAACACGUGGAGGGAAUUCAGACAGAAGGACCAUUGGAUCAUGCCAGCGCUUCUCUCCAUGUGCUGACUGAUGAUGGGAAUGAGAGACUAAGUAGAGAGGCUCCAAGGGAACCACUAACUACAAAUGUAUUACAAAGACGGCGGCUACUGCAAUGGAUCAGACAAUGCUGCUGCUGUUGUCUGAAACUAAGCAAGAGGAACAAAGCUAACAAAGCAUUUUAGAUUCUUGAAGCCAAACAAGCAUUGUUUCCACAAACAAUAUACAUUAAAAUCUGAACAAGACUUUUUUUUUUCUAAAUGAAGCCUUCUACAAAUUUACUUACACAUUAUGUUGGCUUCAGUUGUGGUAUGAAACUACUAUGGUACUUGUUACAGAAGCCAAAUGGAGUGAUAUUGCACAACUUAGUAUACAGCUGAUACUUUUUUCACUGAAUGUGAGACAACUGCAUCAUACUUAUUGAUAUUAUCAUUACUCAUUAAAUAAUUAUAUUAAUUGUAUUGUAAUUAUCAUCCAUUUAUUAUUUUCAUUGAUAAAUUGACUACUGAUCAAUUUUCAAUAUUGCAUGUGUGUAUGUGCCUGAAACUCUUAGGCAUUUCAUUUAUAUAAACCAAUCUGGUACAAAUAUUCAACUAAUCUACAUUGCUAUUUGUACUAGCUUUUGAUGUUGAUUUGAUGUAUUUUAAUAACACAAUACUGGAAUAGUUAAAAACUUUUGGCUCCCUGUGUGACAAGGCUGAAGGUAAAACGCACAGAUCCUUUAUAUCAUCACAUAUCAUCAUAUACCCGUAUAUGAUGUGCUUGUAAAAACAUGAAGGAUUCAGGUGCUGGCGCCCUCUUAGGUGGUGCUGUCACCAAGAACCUAAUUUUUAUAAUUAAAUUGGAAAUACAGCAGGAUCUCCCUCACUCCCCCAUGAUUUCAUCUUGUGGCAAAAUCAAGCACCUCGCAUGUUCAGAGAGCAUGUUCAAGUGUUUGAGGAUGUUACACAGCCAGUAGCUUGGAAAUGGUGUUGGCUGCAUGGUCAUCGGAGGAGGACUGUGCUAGGCUUCACUAGUCCAAACUGUCAUUGUCUGGUGAUGAGGGAAAGACCUCUGACUAUAACUUGAAAGAAUCUGAAUCAUGAUUCCCUAAAAGCAUGCAGUCUCUACAGUCACGACUUUAGAGUGGAUUAUGGACGAUGUUACUUACCUUAACUUACCUUAAAAACCAGGGAGCUGUGAAACAUUAAUUAGUUUACCAGAUUAAAACAUAGGAAUUGAUUGACAUAGAAACGAGUUAACAUUAGUUAUGUACGCAACUACAUACAGUAUAUUGGAAUAAAUGUAACCUAAUUUUGAAUUCAUAAA